CUAAAACUGUCUGCAGGCAUACGUUUCUGUUAAUUUGACAUCUAUCGAUAUCUUUCAUGUUUCUGAUAACCCUAGCUGCCAAAGAGACAGCUAAUUUACACACAUGACCCGAAUAAUCAGCAUUCAGAAAAUCCGGCAGCAAUUAUGUAUUUCGUUAUGAAAGGAAACUAGAGAAAAUUUUGUUAAAUACAAUAUAUGCAUAUAAUAUUUUUAAUAUUAACCCCUUGCAUUAUUCGGAACCUCGGGAAAAGUCAGGCCAAACGCGGCUGCCUCGAUCGUCGCGGUGAACAGCGAGCGGUGGAGCGCGCGUGCCGAAACUUGAUACCUAUUCUUACGACCGAGCGCAAGGUAGUCGUGCCCGUAUUUACUUCACGCGAUGGAACUCUUGUGAAAUUCAAAUGAAUUUGAAUCAAAAACUUUUAAAAAAUACUUUAAUUAUUACAUAAGAUGAAAACAAAUUCUGAUUAAUUAUAAUAAUAUAAUUUGGUCCGAAACUAAGACAACGAGUCAGACUCAUCAAAAUAGUGCAAGGUGUUAAUAAUGGAGUUCAAGUAGAAUCCUUUUUCUUUCUCUUUUACAAAUGUGUAAUGAUUAGGAAAUGUAUGUAAAUUGUUUCAUAGCUUUAUUUAUUAAAUAUGUACUGGAUACAGGCAGUUCAACGGGGCUAAAAUUGUUGUAAUAUCUAUGUAAUUCACGCUUGUCUAUUCUACGUGGGUUGAGCAUUGUGAUGCAGUUAUGAAGUCAGCACUAAAGUGAAUACUCGACGUGUAAAUGAGAUCAGACGUUUCUGUACAAGGAGACAGGUAAGAACGGUUAAUUGAGACUGUUCAUUCAUUGUAUGGCAAAGUCAUGACAGUCAAUACUAUGGAGAAGCUGCAGGAGCAGGGCUGGUACCUCACUGAACAUGGAUAUAAUGUUAUCAGCGAUUCUGGAAGUAUCCUUGACGUACAAAGAAUUAUAAAACGCGCAAUUGAUUUUGAUUUGAGGGAAAUUGGGAGUGGACAGGGAGACCUCAAUCAGGGUAAUCUAGUGUUGCAAAUACAGAAGCUGCGUAAUGUGGCAGCUCCAAAAUGUAAUGAAGAAUCUCGUGCUGCACCACGUAUGCUAAGGCUCUCACUAACGGAUGGGAAAAAUAAUAUUCAAGCUGUCGAAGUUGAACAUAUUUCAUCUGUUAGCUUAAACACCCCACCUGGUACAAAGUUAUUAAUAAGAGGUGGGAAUUUAUUACUGUCGCAUGGAAUUAUUCUAUUGAAGUCCUUUAAUAUAGCAACUAUACUUGGAGGAAAGGUACCUAAUUUGUUAGAGAAAUGGGAGUUGAACAAGAAAUUGGCAUUACACACAAGGGUAAGAUCAAUGGAUGAGGGUGGUCCACCUUCAUGGAUACCAUUUGGCAAAAAAAUCAUAAAGCUCUCAGAGCAAGAUAAAAAUUUCAAAGCUCUUGCUGAUAAAGAAAAAGCAACUAAAGAGGAUGAAUUUGAGGCACAGCGAAAGGAUGCAAUUGCAGAAGCUGCUAAACAGGGUAGUAAAAAAGUUUUUGGUGGUGGAAACAAACAGCUAUUGGAUCAUACUGUACAGAGGAUAGUUGAUCAAGGUUUCUCAAUAGAACAAGCAGAAUAUGCUUUAAGGAUAAACCGUAAUAAUGUGGACAGAGCAUUGAAGACUUUACAGCGAAAUGACAACAAGCAUGGAAACAGUAACGCUCGAGAAACACGAGAACCUCGCGAUUCUCGUGAACCACGUGAAACUCGUGGAAAGCGGUUUGAGAAGAAGGUUCAAGAAGAUGGAAAACCAAGUAGUGGCAAGGUCUCUCUCUUCGAUUUCUUAGAGGAUAAACUUCCAACUCAAACGGAUACAGUAGAAGAGACUAAUUCACAGCAAUUCAACAAUAUUCAAAACAAGGAGAGAUCUGAAAAUAAUUUCGAACGAUAUGAUAUGAGAAGUAUCGAUCACUCUCAAGCAGGAAAAGGUGGAAGGGCCCAACGUGGUGGCCGUGGAUAUCAGCCGCCGCCAAGGUAUAAUGAUGACAGUAAAUCAGUGAAACGUACCAAUAAUAGUAGCUACGACACGUAUCAAUAUUCAUCACACAGUGGUGGCAAUAUGCAACAAAGCAAGCCACCGAGAUUUCAAAGAAGUCAAGAUAAUCAAAAUGUGUAUCAGCCAGAUGUUGGUGGUUAUAAGGGAUCCUACAACAAGAACGAUCAUAGAAACUCGUUCGCGCGUUCGCGUGCUGAAAAUGCCGGUAAUAUUAGUGAAAGUGGAAGUGCAAGCGGAUAUAAUAGACAUCAACAAGAUCACCAUGAAGGCCAAUUUGCCAACGGUAACAGGAACCAUAGUCAAGUUGAUGAUACCAGGAAUAGACACAGUUAUGAUGUAUCUUAUGGAAAGCAAAACCGAGCACAAGACGGAGUUCAUAAAUCGUUUCAACCAAAUUCAAUUGAGAAAAAUUAUAAGAGUCAGCUGAACAGGCAUCAGCCACUUCCGGCAUAUGAUAGUAAUCAUGGUGGAAGUCGAGGUACUGGUGGUUUUAAUGAACAGAAGAAAGAUCAUACUUUCGGUAAUUCACGUACCGCUAAUAAUACAUCUGGUGGUACAUGGUUUUGGCAAAUUGGUGACAAGUGUAUGGCUAAAUACUGGGAAGAUAAUAGGUAUUAUAAUGCGGAAGUGACUGCUGUCUCUGAGAGAACAUGCGUUGUACAGUUCAAGGACUUUAAUAACUACGAAGAAGUCCUCCAGGUGGAUUGUAUACCAAUAACAGAAGACAUCUGCCUGGACGGUCAAGGAGGACGGGGAUACAAUCAAGAUUCCAGACGCCAGGAUCAACGUCCAGGAAAUCGACAGCGCUAUGAUCAGAGUCACAAUCAUAUAACUGGUAUGGAAUUCCGAAGAGGUGGUGGCGGUGGCGCUGGAGGAGGUCCUGGUGCUAAAGGAGGUUUCAAUAAACGUAGAGGUCCACAACGUAGUGCUCAACCAAUUUAUCAGCCACCAGCACAACGCGGUGGUGCAUCAUCAUCAGGAGGAGGCCAACACAAUAAUCCUACACUUUAACACAAUGACAAUAGUCCUUUUAGCUAAUAAAAUUUCGAUUUGGACGCGAACAUUAACAUAGUUGCUGAUCAAAAGUACACAGAAGACUGACAGCCAACUCUAACACCUGUCAAUUCUCAUGCCAUGGCUAGAAACUUUGUUUCUAUUAAGUCAUAUCGGCCAGAAUACUAAUAAUAAAAUAUACAAAAAUAAAAACAGUGAUGCGUCUCGUAUGUAGUUAUCCGCAUAGUGAAAUUAUACGGAUUCCGAAUGAAAUCUUCAUUGUAAGAUAACGACAGUUCUUUAAGCACUACAAAGCGUUUUUAUUGUAUGUAGGAAGAAGAGAUAGCGUGCUGGCGUCGAAAGGUGCUCGACGUCGCGUCGUGCCUCUGUACCUUGUCUACCUUCAUAGAAUAGUAAUAAUGAACUUUGUAAUAUUUAAAAUGAAGUGUUCUCAUUAACGAAAGUUGAACGAUACGCUUUACAUUCGUAAAUCUGCCAUAGUAGCGUUAUGCGGUGUCUCGAUUCUAGAUGCUACUUUAGUGCUAAAGUCGAGAAGGAUGCAUGUACGUAACAAAGUAACAUCUUAAUUACUUAUUAGCCUUCUCAUAAUCUAUUUUAUCGGGUUAUUCAAAGUCUCGAAUUUUGAGAAGGCCACGGUUAGUUUGAUUCCUUUUUCUGUAUACGGCAGCAGUAGCAUUGCGCAGAGUGCUCAAGGCGCUUGCCAUAAUCAUUUCUGUUGUACUAUAUUGUAUUUGACAAAUCUUAUUACAUUGAAUGGAUGUCAUGCAAAUCGAAUAUUAAA